AUGGCGCAGUACGUGCGCGGCCCCUCCGCCGUGGCCAUCAUCCGCCUGCGCAACCCGCCCGUCAACGCGCUGAGUUUCACAGUUAUCGAGGCGUUGGAGGAUGGACUCAAGAGAGCAACUGCAGAUCCUUCAGUCAAAGCUGUUGUGAUCUGUGGUGAAAAUGGGAAAUUCAGUGCAGGAGUUGACAUCCACACGUUUUCCUCUGCGGAGGAGACGCGGCGUGCGGGCCUGCCUGCCUUCAUCUCCGUCAUAGAAAGCACCGAGAAGCCCGUGGUGGCUGCCAUCGAAGGCAUUGCCUUGGGUGGAGGCCUGGAAGUGACACUUGGCUGCCACUACCGCGUGGCACACGUGCAGGCACGGCUGGGGCUACCAGAGGUCACCCUGGGGCUCCUUCCAGCUGCUCAAGGCAGUCAGCGCCUGCCCCGACUGAUUGGCUUACCAGCAGCUCUGGAUAUGAUCACAACAGGGAAACAUAUUCCAGCAGCAGAGGCACUGAAGCUGGGCCUGGUUGAUGAAGUUGUGGAAGGAGACACAGUGGAGGCAGCAAUUCGCUUGGCAAACAAAGUGAUCGGCCAGCCGCUGGCGCCGCGCCGGCUCAGCCUGAGGACGGUGCCGAGUCUGCCCAACGCGGACGCCGUUUUCAGCCAGGCUCUCGCGAGGGUGAAGAAGCAGGCCCCCGGCUACAUGGCUCCGGAGUUCUGCAUCCGGGCCGUCCGAGCGGCAAUGGAGCUGCCCUUCGCAGAGGGGCUCCUCAAGGAGCGGGAGCUCUUCACCGUGCUGCUGACGUCGGGCCAGGCCCGCGCGCUGCAGUACGCGUUCUUCGCCGAGAGAGCCGUGGACAAGUGGACGACGCCCUGGGGCACCUCCUGGAAGAGCGCGUCGCCUCAGCCCAUCCGGCGGGCAGCCGUGCUAGGGCUGGGAACGAUGGGCCAAGGCAUCGUCAUUUCUCUGGCCAGGGCCAACAUUCCGGUGGUGGCGCUGGAGCAGGAUCAGGAGCAUCUGGACAAGGGCAGAAAAGCAGUGGUGGCCGUUUUGGAACGCGAGGCUUCAAAAAUGAAGAAGGGCACCCGCGCCCCGGACUUCCAUGACCCCGCGCGUCUCCAGUUCACUCUGGAUUUCAAGGCAUUGCGGGAUGUAGAUCUCGUUAUUGAGGCUGUGUUUGAGAACAUGGCUCUGAAGAAGGAAAUAUUCCGCAAGCUCUCUGAGAUCUGCAAGCCGAGCGCCUUCCUGUGCUCCAACACGUCAGCCCUGAGCAUUGAUGAGAUAGCUUCCGCCACGCGCCGCCCCGAGCAGGUCAUCGGCACGCACUUCUUCGCCCCUGCUCACAUCAUGAGGCUGCUAGAAAUCAUCUACGGGCGCCAGACGUCCCCCACCACCAUUGCCACCGCUGUGCGGCUCGCAAAAACACUGAAGAAAGUUGGAGUGGUGGUAGGGAAUUGCCAUGGGUUUGUCGGGAACCGAAUGAUGUUUCCUUACGGGGAACAGGCAGUGUUCCUUUUAGAGGAAGGAAGUACACCAGAAGCCGUAGAUAAGGUUAUUGAAGAUUUUGGGUUCAAGGUCGGACCUUUCCGAAUGUCUGACCUCUCAGGGCUGGAUGUGGGCUGGAGCUCCCGCAAGGAGCAGGGUCUCACUGGAGCCUCAGUGCCUCCAGGAACGCCUGCCCGCCAGCGGGGCGGCCGUCGCUACAGCCCCCUGCCCGACAUCCUGUGCGAGAAGGGCAGGUUCGGCCAGAAGACCGGCCAGGGCUGGUAUCAGUAUGAGAAGGCGGGGGGCAGGACACCUAAGCCUGACCCGUGGUUUCACAACUUCCUGGCUGAGUACAGGGCCACCCACCACAUCAAGACCCGCUUCAUAGACCAGGAGGAAAUCCUGGAGCGUUGUCUGUUUCCCCUCAUCAAUGAGGGCUUUAAAAUCCUGGGGGAGGGAAUAGCUUCGGGCCCGGAGCACAUUGAUGUGAUUUAUCUCAAUGGCUACGGGUGGCCAAGGCACGUGGGUGGCCCCAUGUUGUACGCCUCUACCGUUGGGCUGCCUCGCCUCCUGGAAAAGCUCCAGAAAUACUCGGAGGCUCACCCGGAUGUUCCCAGCCUGCAGCCCAGCGCCUUCCUGAGGAAGCUGGUCGCUGUGGGGAACCCUCCCCUCAAGGAGUGGAUGUCUUACGCGGGCCAGCAGAGAAACAAGCUGUGAUUUCGAGGACGGCCCUGCUAUAAAUUCAAUGGCCGCUGAUCUCAUGAAGCAGGUGCUGUAAUUGCACUGUCUUUUCCAAUCAACGCCAAAGGGCUGCAGGCUCCUGAGCAAUAUUCCUG